CUGAGUUGUUCAGUCCCCAGGUUCCCUCGGUCCCCAGAAGGAGCCAGCAUGGACAAUCUCCUUUAUAGCUUUGGAAGCAGGUUUGUUGCCACGGAUUUCACAUUUUGACUAGAGUUGAGAAGUAUAAAGGUAACCAUUUGUUUUAGUUUCAACGAUCUGGCAAAAAGCCUGUUGCUCUUCUUCUGGAAAAGCCUGAUUGGUAAGAUUCCUUUAAGGACUCAGCCCCAAAGAGCUUUAUCCCAUCCCCUCACAGACUGAAAACUAAAGCUUGCAGAGACCUCUGAAGGAAAACCUGUCCCGAGCUCUGUCACCUCACACCCAUGGCUAACCCUGGAGGUGGUACUGUUUGCAAUGGGAAACUUCACAAUCACAAGGAACAGAGCAAUGGCUCACAACACAGAAACUGCACAAAGAAUGGGAUAGUGAAAGAAGCCCAGCAAAAUGGGAAGCCACAUUUUUAUGAUAAGCUCAUUGUUGAAUCCUUUGAGGAAGCACCCCUUCAUGUUAUGGUUUUCACUUACAUGGGAUAUGGAAUUGGAACCCUGUUUGGCUAUCUCAGAGAUUUUUUGAGAAACUGGGGAAUAGAAAAAUGCAACGCAGCUGUGGAGCGAAAAGAACAAAAAGAUUUUGUGCCACUGUAUCAAGACUUUGAAAAUUUUUUUACACGGAACCUUUACAUGCGAAUCAGAGACAACUGGAACCGGCCCAUCUGCAGCGCCCCAGGGCCUCUGUUUGAUGUGAUGGAGAGAGUGUCGGACGACUAUAACUGGACGUUUAGGUUUACUGGAAGAAUCAUCAAAGAUGUCAUCAACAUGGGCUCCUAUAACUUUCUUGGUCUCGCAGACAAGUAUGACGAGUCUAUGAAGACCAUAAAGGAUGUUUUAGAGGCGUAUGGCACAGGAGUGGCCAGCACCAGACAUGAAAUGGGCACUUUGGAUAAGCACGAGGAGUUGGAGGACCUUGUGGCUAAGUUCCUGAAUGUGGAAGCAGCUAUGGUCUUUGGGAUGGGAUUUGCAACUAACUCAAUGAAUAUCCCUGCGUUAGUUGGAAAGGGAUGCCUCAUUUUAAGUGAUGAGUUAAACCACACAUCGCUUGUGCUUGGGGCUCGACUCUCAGGUGCAACCAUAAGAACCUUCAAACACAACAACACACAAAGCCUAGAGAAGCUCCUGAGAGACGCUGUCGUCUAUGGCCAGCCUCGAACCCGCAGAGCUUGGAAAAAGAUUCUCAUCCUGGUGGAGGGUGUCUACAGCAUGGAAGGUUCCAUCGUGCAUCUACCCCAGAUCAUAGCUUUAAAGAAGAAAUACAAGGCUUACCUCUACAUAGAUGAAGCUCACAGUAUUGGGGCCGUGGGGCCAACCGGCCGGGGUGUCACGGAGUUCUUUGGACUAGACCCUCACGAAGUUGAUGUGCUCAUGGGCACAUUCACCAAAAGCUUUGGAGCUUCAGGAGGUUACAUAGCUGGAAGGAAGGACCUUGUGGAUUAUUUACGGAUUCACUCUCAUAGUGCUGUUUACGCUACAUCCAUGAGCCCACCGAUAGCAGAGCAAAUCAUCAGAUCACUAAAACUUAUCAUGGGAUUGGAUGGGACCACACAAGGGCUGCAGAAAGUACAGCAACUUGCGAAAAACACAAGAUACUUCAGACAAAGACUGCAGGAAAUGGGAUUCAUUAUCUAUGGCAAUGAGAAUGCUUCUGUUGUUCCUCUGCUUCUUUACAUGCCUGGUAAAGUAGCGGCUUUUGCAAGGCAUAUGUUGCAAGAGAAGAAAAUCGGGGUGGUGGUCGUGGGAUUUCCAGCCACUCCCCUCGCAGAAGCUCGGGCUCGGUUUUGUGUUUCAGCGGCACAUACUCGGGAGAUGUUAGACACGGUUUUGGAAGCUCUUGAUGAAAUGGGUGAUCUCCUGCAACUGAAAUAUUCCCGGCACAAGAAGUCAGCACGUCCUGAACUCUAUGAUGAGACCAGCUUUGAACUCGAAGAUUAAGUUUCCUGGUCCUAAAUGACACAUAAAGACUUUGCGAGAAAGACCUCCCUCCUUGCCUCACAAGGAAUACAAAUGGAUUUCUCCCCCUUCCUCAGGACAAUUUUGGUUCCCAGACUGGCUUGAUUGAACUGAAGGAGACAUUGUUGUUUUUAAUGUUUCCAACUCGGACUGCAGAGACAAAAAUACAAUUCCAGAUUUAAGUCUCUCUUCCUCCAAGCAUUCUACUAAAAUACACACACACACACACACACACACACACUUCUGAGAAUAUUUUUAAUGGCAGUGAGCCUGUGUUUUAGCUGCUACUGUGCAGCCUCUUUGGUUCAGACCCUUUCAGGGAUUCCAACCAAAUGCAAAUGAGAGGAUUUAAAAUUUUCAUUCAGUAUGUUCACUAUGUGUUUACUUAUUCCAUCUGCAGAUGUGACUGAGUAUAGUGGACAGUAACCAUCUUCCUUGUUCCACUCAUAAAAGUAUCAGCUAGAACUCAUCUGUAUCAUGGGACGUUCCAGGCAGGAGGGUAAAGAAAUGUUUCUACCAUUUGUCACAUUUGGACGUUUUUUACAGACAAGUGUCAAAAGACAUAGUUAAUGUUUUGCGGGGGAGAGCAGAACUGGCCAACUGUGACUAGAGAUGUCUUUGAAGGAAAUUUUUCUUUUCCUCUUGCUGAUCUCCUACAGUUUUACAGCUGAGCUUUUGAGGUUUGGAAAAUUCAAGAUGUUUGUUUCAGGAGAAAGGGAAAAGUAAGCACAAGCCACUUUUAGGCCUACACUAAAAUGGUAGUUACAAUGACUUGAACCUUGUUGGUGCAGGGCACAGUGAAUGCUUAGCCUGCAUAGCCUCUAUCACCUUAAGGAAUUAGUUGUCAUUUUCCUAUUGAAUUUUGAGUAAAUGGUGAGAUUCAAGGUCCUUUAGAAUUGACUCCAAAGACCAUACUUGAAGAAAGUAUUGACUCAAGAAGGACAUUUAAAAGCAAACACUGACUUUUACAAGACCCUUGUUUAGGCCUAUUAAAUUGUACUAUCACUUGUUACAUGCACUCUGAAUUGAGAGAAAGUGGGCUUGCACACUUCAAAGCAACUAACUGUAAUUUACUUGUGUUCUCUCUUUCUCACUCUUUUCUUCUCAACACGAACAGGAACUUCUAUGGAAAAGUAGCCCUUUGUUAAUCUGAUCUAGUUUGUAUGGAAAAAGCCCGUGGAGAACCUUAUCUUUAACAAGCACCCAGAUGGUGCCCAGAUCUGGAAACUAGAAAGAGCAGUGGUGACCUUUCAGCAAAGCUUCUGUAACAGUUCGAAUGAGUUGCAGAGCAUUCCACUCCAUCAAAUGACACUGUAAACAAAUCACUUCAAGAGAGGCUUGGCUUUGUGUGGCACAGAUUGACCCAUGCUUUCAUGCUGUGCACUGAGAUAGAAACUCCAUCCGCAGCGCCUGUGAUGGAUGGAGCAACGUGUCCUGAUGCUCGAAUCUUAUUAAAGGAAAAAAAGUGAUCAGCAUGGAAAGUUUUUAUGGGGAAAUAAUAACCCCAACUGGGUGCAUUGGUUUAAAAAUGGAUCACAAUGAUAGAGCUCUUCAUGAACAUUUACAAGUUGUAAGGAGUACUGUUAGUGAAAGAGGAAAAGAAGUGGGUUCUGAAAAUGCAGUUUCCCAUCCAAUGAUUUUGAUUACAAAAUUCCAACUCUUCUCAGUGAAAUUGGUGCAGCUUUAUUUGUGCAAAGAAAAUGUGUCAUAAAUGUGAAUGCCUUGAGUUCUAUAAAGGAAACAGGAGGUCAAAAAGACAGAGAGACAUCUAGUCCUUCCACAAGGUAUUGCAAGCAAUAAACAGCUUCCUUCCUUUCUG